AUAGGACCUUUCGUAAGGGUCAAUGACACCAGUGUUAAGUGAUUCAUACAAAAUUACCCUCCUGUUGUAAAAAAAACCAAACUUCCUCAUUAGAUGGUAUGAUGGAGAAGUGCAAUGCAUUUAGGGUGGAUAACCUGAGCUAAGAAAGCUUUAUAAGGCAGGGGUUUUCAGUCCCCGAACCUACCAAGCCAAACCACAAACACCCUCCUCUGCAAGCCUCCUUCCUGUGCCACAGACUACAGCAUGGCUUUCUCCGGCAAAUAUGAAGUGGAAAGUGAGGAAAACUAUGAGAAUUUUAUGAAGCGCAUGGGUUUUCCUGCCGACAUAAUUGAAAAAGGGAAAAAUUUCAAGAUUGUUACUGAAGUGGUACAGAAUGGAGAUGAAUUCACCUGGUCCCAGAUUUACCCAAGCGGGCAUUCCAUGACUAAUAAGUUUGUUAUUGGCAAGGAAUCUGAAAUGGAGACAAUGGGUGGUAAAAAAUUCAAGACAACUGUUAAAAUGGAAGGUGGAAAAGUGGUUGCUGACUUCCCUAAUUAUCAUCAUACUGCAGAGAUUGCUGGGGGCAAACUAGUUGAGAUUUCUACAAUUGGCGAUGAAACUUUCAAAAGAAUCAGCAAGAGACUGGUCUAAGAAGCCGUUGGAGGAGGAAUAAUUGUGGCCUUACUGAUACUUGAAAAGUGAGCAAUAAAAAACCCCA